AUGCUUGCCAAGCAGGCUUGGAGAAUUCAAACAAACCAGUCACCUCUUCUCACCCAGCUCUUUCAGGCCAAGUAUUUCCCCAGAACAUCUUUCUUAGACUCAUCCCUGGGACAUUCUCCCUCUUAUGUCUGGCGCAGCAUUCAUUGGGGUAAAUCUCUUCUCAAAUUGGGCCUUCGCAAAAGAACCGGGAAUGGGGCCAACACCAAUAUCUUUGAUCCUUGGAUUCCUAACCAUCGAUUCAUUCCUUCUCAAAUCCCAUCUUCCCUGACUCAUGUAUCCGCCCUCCUUCUCCCCAAUGGGGAUUGGAAUAUUCCCCUACUUCAAGCUCAUUUUCAGCAGGACACCAUUAAUGACAUUUUGUCCCUCCCUCCUCCUGAUCCUUCCCAUCCAGACGCCUACUUCUGGCAACAUUCCAAUUCAGGACACUAUUCGGUCAAAACUGGUUACCAUGUCGCAAAACAAGCCACCAACUUGACUCAACCUUCCUCCUCAAACAUGGAAACCCUCACCCGAUGGUGGAAAUCCCUCUGGAGUCUCCCAAUACCCCCUAAAAUUAGACACUUUGUUUAUAGGUUGGCUCAAAACUCCAUUCCUACUGCUGAAAAGCUUUAUCAUAGGCACUGCAUUAGUUCCCCUAUUUGUCCUAGAUGUACUCUCUGUUAUGAGUCGGUGCAGCAUGCUUUGUUUGAGUGCAGGGUUACGAAGAAGGCUUGGUCAGGUACGGUUUUUAAUUUUGCCAUUAAAGACACCAAACACUUGAACAUAUUAGACAUCAUCUUAUACAUACAACUUAAUUUUUCCAAAGAUGCUUUUAACCUAUUCCUUUGUAUGUUAUGGAAGUGUUGGAAUGCAAGAAAUGCAGCUGUUUUCAGGAACCAAGACUCAAGACCAAUGUCCAUUGAACAAGAAGCUCAAGACUAUUUGGAUUUUUAUCAAGCAGCUCAAGACAAGCGGGGGGUGCAGACCCAGUCUACCACAGACAUAAACCUCUUGGCUUGGGAACCACCACCGGUGGGAACACUCAAGCUCAAUACGGAUGCUGCAGUAUCUUCUCACCAGAAUAGAACAGGAGGUGGGGCUCUAGUUCGUGAUCACACAGGAAAAGUUCUAGCAGCAACAGCCUUCAAUCGAAUUGGACAAAUGCAACCUCAAGUAGCAGAAGGCUGGGUUUUGUUGGAAGGUCUUAAAUAG